GAGUCCCUCCCCGAGCUCUUCGCUUGCUCCAUCCCGACCCACUCCAGGCUCUCGGACGGCGUAGAUCGCGGAGGAGCGUUGCCAUUCAAGUGGCGGCAGCAGUGGCAGCAGCAGCAAGUCCAGCAGCCAGCCCAGCCGCCACCGCAGCGCCCUGGGUCCUGAGCCCCCCGAGGGCUGAAGGCAUUGUAGGCUGCAGUCCAUGCUCCUAGAGGAAGUGUGCAGAUGGGAUUAACGUCCACAUGGAGAUAUGGAAGAGGACCGGGGAUUGGCACCGUAACCAUGGUCAGCUGGGGUCGCUUCAUCUGCCUGGUUGUGAUCACCAUGGCAACCUUGUCCCUGGCCCGGCCCUCCUUCAAUUUAGUUGAGGAUACCACAUUAGAGCCGGAAGAGCCACCAACCAAAUACCAAAUCUCUCAACCAGAAGUUUACGUGGCUGCGCCAGGGGAGUCGCUAGAAUUGCGCUGCCUGUUGAAAGAUGCCGCCCUGAUCAGUUGGACUAAGGAUGGGGUACACUUGGGGCCCAACAAUAGGACAGUGCUUAUUGGGGAAUACUUGCAGAUAAAAGGCGCCACACCUAGAGACUCCGGCCUCUAUGCUUGUACUGCCUCUAGGACUAUAGACAGUGAGACUCGGUACUUCAUGGUGAAUAUCACAGAUGCCAUCUCGUCCGGAGAUGAUGAAGACGACACAGAUGGCUCUGAAGAUUUUAUCAGUGAGAACAGUAACAACAAGAGAGCACCGUACUGGACCAACACGGAAAAGAUGGAAAAGCGGCUGCAUGCUGUCCCCGCAGCCAACACAGUCAAGUUCCGCUGUCCUGCCGGGGGGAAUCCAACUCCGACGAUGAGGUGGCUGAAAAACGGGAAAGAAUUUAAGCAGGAGCAUCGCAUUGGAGGCUAUAAGGUACGAAACCAGCACUGGAGCCUUAUUAUGGAAAGUGUGGUCCCAUCUGACAAAGGCAAUUAUACCUGCGUGGUAGAGAAUGAAUACGGCUCCAUCAAUCACACGUAUCACCUCGAUGUCGUUGAGCGAUCGCCACACAGGCCCAUCCUCCAAGCUGGACUGCCAGCAAAUGCCUCCACGGUCGUCGGAGGGGACGUGGAAUUUGUCUGCAAAGUUUACAGUGACGCUCAACCUCACAUCCAGUGGAUCAAACAUGUGGAAAAGAAUGGCAGUAAAUACGGGCCCGAUGGGCUGCCCUAUCUCAAGGUUCUGAAGGCCGCCGGUGUUAACACCACGGACAAAGAAAUUGAGGUUCUCUAUAUUCGGAAUGUAACUUUUGAGGAUGCUGGGGAAUAUACGUGCUUGGCGGGUAAUUCUAUUGGGAUAUCCUUUCACUCUGCAUGGUUGACAGUUCUGCCAGCUCCUGUAAGAGAAAAGGAGAUUACACCUUCCCCAGAUUACCUGGAGAUAGCCAUUUACUGCAUAGGGGUCUUCUUAAUCGCCUGUAUGGUGGUGACAGUCAUUGUGUGCCGAAUGAAGACCACGACCAAGAAGCCCGACUUCAGCAGCCAGCCGGCUGUGCACAAGCUGACCAAGCGCAUCCCCCUGCGGAGACAGGUUUCUGCUGAGUCCAGCUCCUCCAUGAACUCCAACACCCCACUGGUGAGGAUAACAACACGUCUCUCCUCAACAGCAGACACCCCAAUGCUGGCUGGGGUCUCUGAAUAUGAACUGCCAGAGGAUCCAAAGUGGGAGUUCCCCAGAGAUAAGCUGACGCUGGGCAAACCCCUUGGGGAAGGUUGCUUUGGGCAAGUGGUCAUGGCUGAAGCAGUGGGAAUCGACAAAGACAAACCCAAGGAGGCGGUCACCGUGGCGGUGAAGAUGUUGAAAGAUGAUGCUACGGAGAAAGAUCUUUCUGAUCUGGUGUCAGAGAUGGAGAUGAUGAAGAUGAUUGGAAAACACAAAAAUAUCAUCAAUCUUCUGGGAGCCUGCACACAGGAUGGGCCCCUCUAUGUCAUAGUUGAAUACGCCUCCAAAGGCAACCUCCGGGAAUACCUCCGUGCUCGGAGGCCUCCAGGCAUGGAAUACUCCUAUGAUAUUAACCGUGUUCCUGAGGAACAGAUGACCUUCAAGGACUUGGUGUCGUGCACCUACCAGCUGGCCAGAGGCAUGGAAUACUUGGCUUCCCAAAAAAUAUAUUUACAAGGAAUUAUUUUUUGUAUUGAUUUUAAAUGGAUGUCCCAAUGCACCUAAAAAUAAUUGGUCUCUCUUUUUUUAAAUAGCUAUUUGCUAAAUGCUGUUCUUAUACAGAAUUUCUUAAUUUUCACCAAGCAGAGGUGGGAAAAAUACUUUUUGCUUUCAGGGAAAAUGGUAUAACAUUAAUUUAUUAAUGAAUUGGUAAUAUACAAAACAAUUAAUCAUAGUUUUUUUUGUAAUUUAAGUGGCAUUUCUAGUCAGGCAGCACAGCGAACUAGUUGAUCUAUCGCUUGGACUUAACUAUCAGAUCCUUUGAGAAGAAAAAUAUUUACGAUAUAGGACUAAUUUGGAGAAAAUAAAGUUUGAAUUUAUUUGUGUUAAACUCUGCUGUUGGAUGAUUGUGCUCAGACCGCGUGAAUGCCCAGAUUACAAGAACCCGAUAAUAAGAUGUUUUGUUCUGGUAUGCAACUCUGUCAUUGACUAACACAACAUCUAACUGGACUUUCUAAGGCAAAAGGUAGCAGCGCCCUCUUUCAGAGAUGCCUUAAUCCAUCCCCUGGGACUGACCUAAGGUUACAGUGAUGGCAGUGGGCUCGCUCUGGCAGCUGGCUUUCUGCCCGAGUCCUGUAUCAUCAGAGAAGCUUAUGUUCCCUUGGUGCAUUUUGAUAAUGAUGUCCAGAUUCUUUGACAUCAGAGAAAUCUUUUAGGAUCUUCAAGUCCCAUCAUAGAAAAUGGAAACAGAAUUGUUUGGUUGAGUUCAGGGGAUUUUGAUUGUUGCUUCUUGUUAGGGGAUUGCUUCUGUCUGCUGAUAACACCUUACCGAAAGAUCUGGCCUCAUACUGACAUCGGACAAAAUAUCACUGUAUUGUUUGUUCUGUAUUAAAGUAUGUGUGUUUUGCUUCCGAAACACCCACUCACUUUGCUAUAGCCAUGCAACAUGAAAGCAGAUGACACUGAUUUUAUGUGUUAUGAAAUUGGAAAAAGUAUUUAAUAAAACCUGUUAAUUUUUAUACUGACAAUAAAAAUGUUUCUACAGA